AUGACGUUUCGUGAUGCUUUUCCAAUUUGUGGACCUCAGAUGACAUUCAUCGUAUUUAUCCUGAUGUUUACACUGACUUUGGUUGCUCACAGAGAAGCAACACAAGAAAUAAGAGCAAAUGAGUGCUUUGCAGAAUCCCAGUGGUCUUCAGAUAAUACAGCACAUCCUGAAAAACGGACGCUCAACUGCGACAAAUCUGAAAGUCAGCAUGGAUCGGUUUAUUGGAAGAAAGGCCCAAAAUGGGUAGGAAAUGGCAGGAAUUUGACAAUAAGAGUCAGAGGGACUCCAGAUGCUGGCAAUUAUACCUGUUGGAGUAGCACCACACAUGAGCUUCUGAGUUUCAGAGUUGUUUACAUUACUAAGAAGAAUGAACAAGGAGAAAUAGAUGAACCAAUUCUCAAGAAAUAUCCAGAGAAAAAUGCCUACUUCUACUGUGAAGCAAAUAAUUAUUCGGGGAACUUCACAUGCUUUUGGAAAGUGCACAGUCAAAAUCCAAACCUAAAAUUUUGGAUUGGAGAUGAAAAUCAAAUGAAGUCUGCAUCAGGAAGAGUAAUUUGUGACAUUAAUUCUGAGAAAACAAACACGGAAUAUUCAGCUUCCUGCAGAAGAGAAAAUCCCUGUUCAUAUACUGAGGAGUAUGAACAAAUUGAAUUGUCACUUCAUGUUUGUUUGACUGAUGUAUUUGUCCAUGAAAAACAUAACAGAAGUUUCUUCAUCAAGGACAUCUUAAAGCCGGAUGUUUCUCCGUGCCAGGUUACCAGAAAUGGCACAUUGAUUUUGUUACAUCCUGCAACCUGGAGCACCCCAGUUUCUUACUUUGGGCUUACUUACCAGAUCAAAACGGUUUUCAAUAAUAAUGAAGAGAUUUCUGAAGUUGAUCAUUCAUUAUUACUUCAACAUGGAGACAUCAUGACCAUUACUAAGAAACUGUGUCGCUUUUCUGGUUACCGCUGCUUAAUUCGAUCCCGGGAUCAUUACAACAGCCAUUCUGAUUGGAGCAAUUGGUCAAAUUGCAGAUACCGGAUCAACUAG